AUGCGGGUGAUACUUUUCACUGGGUUUCUCUUGUUCUCCUUGGCUGUUCUUUAUGUUGUCACAAAGCGAAUGGGGCUACUUAAGUUGCAGAGAAAGGUCAUGGCUACACUAAAGGCUGGUAUGGCUGGACAAGUGGAGAUUGGACCUAAAGCAGGUGGAAACGGCAUAAAGGUUGCUCACGUCCAUGAGAAUGCAGUUCCAAAGUUGGAUGUGCCAAUAGAACAACCCAUGCAUGAUGAACUUUGA